UUCAUUCACCAGAUAAACACUUCUUCAUAACAACCCCCUUAGCGAGAGAAAAGAUUCCUCCAAUGGCCACUAAAGUUUACAUUGUUUACUACUCGAUGUAUGGACACGUUGAGAGGCUGGCACAAGAGAUACAGAAAGGGGCUGCAUCUGUUGAAGGAGUCGAGGCAAAAUUGUGGCAGGUGCCCGAGACAUUGUCUGAAGACAUUCUUGGAAAGAUGAGUGCGGCUCCAAAGAGUGAGGUGCCAAUCAUUACCCCCAAUGAGCUUUCGGAGGCAGAUGGAUUUGUGUUUGGUUUCCCCACUAGAUUUGGAAUGAUGGCUGCUCAAUUUAAAGCAUUUCUGGAUUCAACCGGAGGUCAGUGGAGAACUCAGGCACUAGCAGGCAAGCCAGCAGGCCUCUUCUACAGCACUGGAUCUCAAGGAGGGGGCCAGGAGACUACUGCCUUGACGGCCAUCACUCAGCUUGUUCACCACGGUAUGAUUUUUGUGCCUAUUGGCUACACAUUCGGAGCUGGCAUGUUUGAGAUGGAGAAGAUUAAGGGUGGAUCUCCCUAUGGUUCUGGAACUUAUGCUGGAGAUGGCUCGAGACAGCCUACUGAGCUUGAACUGGAACAAGCUUUUCACCAGGGGAAGUACAUUGCUGGCAUUGCAAAGAAGCUCAAGGGAACUGCUUGA